AUCAGUUUAAAAUCACAACUAGCCAACAAUCAAAACGUGACGGGUGCACUUUGCUCAAUUAUCGUAAAAUCACAUAUUUUAUCAUAAAAAUUAUUGCUUAUAAAACGAGUCAACUUUUUUAUAUUUAUUUCACAAACUCAUAAUCAUCAUCAUGAUAAAAUUUAUAUUUUUAUUAAUAUCAUCAUCAUCAUUUUUUUCAUUUUGUUAUUGUCAAAGUAUUAAAAACAAUGGUUGCAGUAUUUCAAUAAAAUAUUUAAAAGGUGAUUUAAAUGAGCCACAACCACUAAUUUUAUCAAACAACAAAGAAAAUAUAAAUUUUCUUUAUCCAAAUAAAAAAACAGGUAAAAUUGAAUUAUUACAAGAUGAAAUAUUUCAUGUGGCUUGUCCAGGAAAUAGAAAUAAUAUUCAAGGCAUAUUCAAGCAACAAAUAAAAUAUAAUAAUCAAUCAAUAAAAAUAAUAAAACAGGCUCAAGUUAAAUGUAUCAAUGAUCGUACAUUUAUGUUUAACAAUAAUAUAAUAUUUAAUUUUACAAAUAUUAAAUGCAAAUAUUUACCAAAUAAUAUUGCUCGUCGUAUUAAUGAUGAUGAUAAUAAUAAAUGUCAUCAUUAUAAUGCAAGUUAUAUUGAAAUUGGCUUUUUAUUGGAUAACAAUAAAUUUUUAAAAACUCAUGAAAUAUGUCGUGAUGAUGAUUCUUUUAAAACAUAUUAUACAGUAUUUAAUUUAACUAAAAAUAUUGCAUCAUUUAAUGCCGGUUAUCCGAGGCCAAGAAAUUGGAAAUCAUCAAAUUUUUAUGGUAAAUUAAAUAUGGAUACAAUAUAUAAAACAUCAAAUCAAUUGUCAACGAUAGCAAAACAAAUUGGAUCAUAUGAAUUGGCAAAUAAAUAUAUCAUAAUAAAUGAAUCAAAAUAUUUAGCAAAAGGACAUAUGGUUGCUAAAGCUGAUUUUGUUUAUGGCAGUGCACAAUUAUCAACAUUUUGGUAUUUAAAUGCAGCACCACAAUGGCAAACAUUUAAUGCUGGUAAUUGGAAUUCAUUGGAGAAUGAUGUACGUAAAUUUGCUGAUAGAAAAUCACUUGAUCUUGUUGUUUAUACUGGUAUUCAUGGACAAAUGACAUUGAGUGAUAUUAAUGAUAUACCAAUACCAAUUUAUUUACAUGAUGAAAAAAUAAGUGUUCCACGUUUUUAUUGGAAAAUAAUAUAUGAUCCAUUGACUAAACGUGCAACUGGUUUUGUUGGUUUGAAUGAUCCAUUUGCUAAAAAUAUUACAAGGGAUAUGUUUAUUUGUCGUGAUAUAUCAAAACGUAUUGAAUGGCUAAAUUGGCAACAAAAUAAAAUAUCAAAAGGCAUAUCAUAUGCAUGUCAAGUACAAGAUUUACGUAAAGCAAUACCAUCAAUACCAGAUAUUCAUGUUGUUGACAUUUUAAUUUAACAAGUCUGUCAUAUUAAUUCAAGUAGAUAUAGGUAUGUUUAUUAGUCUAGUCUACUUACUUGCCAAUAAUUUCACAGAGCUCGUAAACAUCAUCAAAGAGUACCUCAUCAUCCGCCAUUGUUGCUGUCAAUAACUAUCAAUAAUUUUAUUUAUAUAAAAAAUCAGUUGUACACUUGUACCUAUUACCUAUAGGAUAUUUUUCAUCAAUUCUCAUUGGCAUCAACACUGAACACACCACACACACAAAAUUUAUAAAUAAUAAUAAUAAAACAAAUUAAACAAACAACACUUGGUAUCACGUGUCAUCAACAAUAAUAAUAACAACAACAACAACAACAGUUGAAUAUAUAUUUUUUUAAAAAUGUCUAUAUAUGUAGAUAAUAAUGAUGAUAUUGCAUUGUUUGAUAAAUUAUAAAUAUUAUGAUGAUUAAUGAUUAAAAUUUUUUGAUUGAGCAACGUGAUUCAACACCGUCGUCAUAGUCCAAAUUUUAUUAAAUCACUUUAAGAAAAAAAAAAAAAUA